CAUACACACACACUGGGGAACGCAGCGCGCAGGGAGAGAGAGAGAGAGAGAGAGAGAGAGAUGGUGGGAGUAGGAGGAGGAGCGUUUUGGGGGACAAGAGUAAUGGAGAUUGUGAAAAAACACGACUCCGGGGGCCUUGUUUGGAAGAGAAUAAAGCUCACCACCACCCGCAAAGCUAACGCCAAGAAGCGUCUUCUUAGGGUUUGGCAGAAUGAAGCUGUGCUGAAAGCAUGUGCAGAACCACCUCCAAAAACUUCGGUUUCUGGUCCUGCCAAUACCGUGGAGAACGAUUGUAACAGCACACAGUCUUGAUGAACAAAUGGAGUAAAGAGCAUGACGUAAAGCCUGAAGAACCAUAUGGUUCAACUUAAAUGCAGCCUAACAUUCAUACUUUUAGAACAUUCUCUCCUUCUAAGCUGUCCAUUGGGCCUUUAUUGAUGUUUGAUUUGGGAGCAUGUUUCUUUUAGAACCUGGAGUAUAAACCUUUUACCUUUGGGGAGGAAUUUGUUUUGCCUUUUCUCAUGCCAACAGAUCUCAAGUAAUACUGUUAGUUCUAGUGAAAACAUGGGUUAAAACUUUUGCAAGCAGUUGCUUUUGUGUAUGCAUAUACAAUUGCGAACCAAUUGCACACAAGUUUGCAACUGAUGAAAAUAUCCCGUUUGCAGCGUA